AUGUGCGAUUCUGAUAGCGAAGAAUUUGCGAGUGCUGAUGAGGACUUUGAGGAAAUUGAACCUGAUGAGCUGGAAGAAGUGCUGCAAAGCGUGAAGCCUUCAGAUGUGUCGUCGAAGAAAACUGUGCCAACGACGUCGCAAAAAUCUGACGUGGAACCAACAGAUGAUGCUCUCGGCGAUGCUAAUGUUGUAAAGGAAUUUAUUAAAGAUUCCGUUUCAGAAGAAGUUGAUGCAACUGUUGAUGCUACGUUUGAAAAAACCACAAAAAUGACGCGUGACGAUAUGGAAGAUUUAGAAGAAAAAAUCACAACCGAAACGCGAGCAGAGUAUUCAGUGCCAACACAAAGCAGUAAAAAAUAUACAGCAGAAACUAAUACAACUUGUGCGGUGGAUGUGCUCGAAAAUCCAACUACCGCAAUGAUAUCGGCAUAUUCUGGGAAUAAUUCAUUAUUAACGGAAUCAGAUUGUGGAUCGGAAAAAGAAACUCCAAUCAAGGGUCAAAAUAAUGUGAGCCCGUCUGUUACUAGUUUUGUUUCGACAACAUCACAACAUUCCGCUGAGAGUACGAGCGAACCCAAGAUACUAAUUUUAAAACCAGAAAAACCUCAAUUAUUCCGAGAUGAUUGCGAAAAACGAAACGUUGUCACUAAAAGUCAUGAAGAGCUUAUGAAAAAAGAACCCACGGAAGGCGCGGAGGAAGGUUGGGAUGAUUUCGAUGAUGAUUGGGGAGAUUUUACAGUCGACAGUGCGCGGGCUACUGAAAUAUCAGACAAAGGGGGAAAACAGAAAAUAGCGAACCCCAGUUCCAUAGAGAAGUCGUCAACAAGUGAAUCUGGCGUAAAAAAAGCUAGCUUUAGGGACGUAGAUAUUGAUGAUGUUGAAUCCAAGCUUCAAGAUUUUAUGAACCAUAAGGACGAUCCGCCAUUAUCUUCCGUUCUUGAUCGGUUGUCGCUAGGAGAAGAUACUAAAUCAACGGCUGGACAAUCGUGGGGCAAUUGGAAACCGUCAUGGGGUGGAGCAGCAGUCUCGUUUUUGUCUACGGCGUCAAAAUCGGUUGCAUCCAUAACAACCAAUAUCACCCAAGUGAUCGAGUCUGGAAUUGGAGUACCAAACCCGGAAGAACUAGCUCGACGUCAAGUCGAAGCGGAAGCAAAGCUUAAAGCCGAUAGAUAUGUUAGAGAAGAAGGCGAACCAUGCUCGGAUGGCAUAGAUGGUAAUGAUGCGGGCCGAAAAUUGGCAUCAGAUCGUUUUGGUUUUGAUCAGCUUGUUUCCGGGGUAACGCAAAUUAGCAGUAAAGUUAUUACUGGAGGACUGGAUACACUGGAGGGAAUCGGGAAGAAAACAAUGACCAUUCUACAAGAAAACGAUCCAGGAUUGCUGAACAAACGAAAACUGCUCGGUUUGCAACCUAACGAUGGUGUCGUGUUGAGUCAGGUGCUUCGCGAAGCAAAGGCCAAAACAGAGGAACGCGAGCGUAAUUUAAAACAAAUACAAAAGCAUCAAUACAAAAAGAAACUUCAUUUUGAAACCCUCUUCGAUGAUUACCAUGGGCUGGUUCAUCUUGAGGCACUUGAAAUGCUGUCGAAACAAGCAUCACUGAAACUGGAAUCCUUGAUGUCCCCCUUAACUGGGAAAGCGCUUGAGCAACUGGAAGAAACUAUGAGUGAAGUGAAGGAAUUGUGUGAACUUCCCGAUUCGGACAACGAUGACAACGACGGACUGUACACUAGCGCUGAUUUGGAAAUGAAACUUAAGGAAGCCGUAAUUGAUCUUAGUCCCAACGUUAAAAUCGAUUUUGAAGAGAUUAUUAAAAGCUGGAUAGAGUAUAAUGCUUGGAUUACCGAUACAACAACUGUCAAACGAACAGAUCAUGACAUUUUUGAAAAAGCCAUGCAUGCGCUAGCCCAAACUACGGCGCUAUGCGUACUUCGCAUGCAUAAGCUGGCAGAAAUCUUACUUAUUAGCGAACAUCACAGUACAGCGUCAGAGGCAGAUGCUGUGGUUCAGUUGACAACGGUAUUUUGUUGGCAUUUGAGUGGUGUGGCCACUCGAUUUUGCUCUGAACUUACCAAAAUGAAGCAUAAUUCUGGAGAUGAUAACGAUAGUGCGCUUGUUACAAAUAUUUUCUUGGAGGGCUCGAACAGUACAUCAUACGUACAAAAUGCGUUUCAACUGUUUAUACCCAUCUUACAACUAGGAGCUGCUUGAAUAAGGAGAAAAGAUAUCUUUUCAUCGGCGUUGGUUACAUAGUAACACGUCGUCGAAAUAUUGAUG